UCGACUGCUCCUCUGCCGACCCCUAAAAAAAAGACUGCUCCUCUGCCGCCGGACCUCCACUCUCCCGCCAGGCGCCCGCCGGUCGUCCUCCGCCUUCCUCCCUGCACUUCCUCCACCGCGCGAUCCCGACCCGCCUUCUCCGCCCCGCACCGCCGCCCGCUCGACCCGAGAUCUCCCCUGUCUGCGAAGGCGACAACCAGCAGCCGCGGCCCGAAUCCAGGGUGGGAGGGAGAUCUGCCGCGCUGCUCUGCUCGAUGGAGACUGGAGCGGAGGCGGGCGGCGGCAGGCCGGAGUACAGCAUCAUCGUUCCCACCUACAACGAGCGCCUCAACGUAGCACUCAUCGUCUACCUCAUCUUCAAGCACCUCCCUGAUUCCAAGUUCGAAAUCAUUAUUGUCGAUGAUGGAAGCCCUGAUGGCACUCAAGACGUUGUAAAGCAGUUGCAGCAAUUAUAUGGCGAAGAUCGUGUUCUACUGCGAGCUAGACCAAGGAAGCUAGGACUUGGUACUGCAUAUAUGCAUGGAUUAAAGCAUGCAUCAGGGGAGUUCGUUGUUAUAAUGGAUGCAGAUCUAUCUCAUCAUCCAAAAUAUUUGCCAAGCUUCAUCAGGAAGCAAAAGGAAACCGGUGCUGACAUUGUAACUGGCACCCGUUAUGUUAGCAACGGUGGUGUCCAUGGUUGGAAUCUUAUGCGUAAGGUGACUAGCAGGGGAGCGAAUGUUCUAGCACAGACGUUGCUACAGCCCGGAGCUUCUGAUCUGACUGGAUCGUUUAGGCUAUAUAAGCGAAGUGUUUUGGAGGAUGUCAUCUCCUGCUGCGUCAGCAAGGGCUAUGUAUUCCAAAUGGAGAUGAUUGUCAGGGCUACUAGGAAAGGUUAUCACAUCGAAGAGGUAAUCGGUUCCAUUUUCAUUUGUGUAAGGCUGGAUUUAAAAUAUCUUGGCUUUGAUAGUUGUAAACUUUGCUUGUCAUGUCUAGGUCCCAAUAACUUUCGUCGACAGGGUUUUCGGAAUCUCAAAGCUCGGUGGAUCUGAAAUUAUUGGAUAUUUGAAAGGCCUUGUGUAUCUGUUGCUCACAACAUAGGGGAGACGCAUGGUAGAUUCUUGUUAGUGUUUUUUUCCUUAUGUUACCACAGCUUGAGUUACAUGAAUUUGCUAACAUUCUCAGACUUAGUUGAAUUAUGUACACAAGUUUUUGUCUAUGAGUAUCCUUAUGAA